CCUACAGAGGUGUGUCUGUCUGGAAAUUUGGUACAUUCAUUCACAGCGGAGUUCAUGUUUUAAGACCUUUUUCUUUUCAGCACGUUUGUAAAUUGCAGGAUGUCUGUCGACAAUGUUUAUGGCCGCGUAGAGCAGUAGAGGAACGCAUGAUAAACAUUCAUAAUAAUUUCGCUUCUGACAUUUUUUCACCCAACACUCGCAAUUCGACUGCCAUCACCUGAUAGGUUAACCAAUCUCUUUACAUAUUAAGUCAGAAGCCGAUUCAUAUCGAUAAUCAAGCAGUCCUUUGCCAACGAGCCUACAGCUCAGUUCAGUAGGCGAUCCAACGAAAACAGAACCACUCACAGAAGAUCUAUAGAGAUGGCGAAGGCAGACCAGCGCUUUGGGCAGAGAGAUGGCUCCGACCAGAACUUUGACUACAUGUUCAAGCUCCUCAUUAUUGGAAACAGCAGCGUGGGGAAAACCAGCUUUCUGUUCCGCUACGCAGACGACUCGUUCAGCAACUCUUUCGUCAGCACAGUGGGCAUCGACUUCAAAGUCAAGACUGUCUACAGGAAUGACAAGAGGGUUAAGCUCCAGAUAUGGGAUACAGCAGGGCAGGAGAGGUACAGGACUAUCACCACCGCUUACUACAGAGGAGCUAUGGGCUUCAUCCUCAUGUACGACAUCUGCAAUGAAGAGUCCUUCAACGCUGUGCAGGACUGGGCUACCCAGAUAAAAACCUAUUCGUGGGAUAACGCUCAGGUCAUCAUGGUGGGCAACAAGUGUGAUGUGGGCGAGGAGAGGGUGGUGCCCACAGAGAAGGGGAAGCACUUGGCUGAACAAUUAGGGUUCGAGUACUACGAGGCCAGCGCCAAGGAGAACAUUAAUGUCCGCCAGGUGUUUGAGCGGCUGGUCGACAUCAUCUGUGUCAAGAUGUCCGAGCGAGUGGACGUGGAGCCGCCCAUGGUCCCCGGCGUCAAGACUACCAGACUCACCGACAAGCCCCCCCAGCUACCUCAGAAGUGCACCUGUGCCUGACUCACACUUAUAGGGCUGAGCCAAGCCAUGCCGAGCCAAGCCGUACUUGGCUGGCCUGGUUACGCUUCUACCAUAGUUGCUGGAACCAUGCUGGAAAAGACCAUUUGAAUAGAAACUAUCCGAGCCAGCACCGUGCGGUUGGGGUUGGCCCUAUAGUAUGAGUGAGGUACUACUGAUUUGGCCCCUCAGUUCUCCACUACUAUACUUGCCAUUCCACUACUGUUCUUUCGCAACUUCCUGUAAAGCUAUUAUAAGUUCCACAAACCUCUUUCCAAAAGGUAGCCAACUAUACAAUGUAAUUUAUCAUGCUACCAAUAACCACUACUACUACCACUACCACUACUACCAAAAACUACUACCACCAAUAACUACUACUACUACUACUACCACUACUACCACUACUACUACUAUUUACAUAUGUUUCCCCCCUGUAGCUUUGACCUCCAGCUGGUUCAGAGGUCAGGGAACACUAAGCAGGGUAUACAGGUAAGCACAGCAUUGCCUCUCCUCCAAAAAGUGGCUUCACCACCGCACAAAGAAACACAAGACCACAUCAGUUCGCAUUACAAGUUUACACGGGUUAGGAGACAAGCCUCGAUAGCUGCAUAAUCUUCAAAUUCAGAAUAAUUUGGUUUAGUGCUCUUGUUGACCGUCCUUCACAAGCACUAAAGCGAAGACAAACUACCCACUGGGUACAGACAUCAGUUCAAUCUAGUUUUGAUUAACAUUUGGUUGAGUUGUCAACUAACGGGAAUUCUGCGUGAAAUCAACAAAAACAUUCAACAUGACAUUGGAUUUAGGUUAAAAGUUGGAUAAAAAAAUAUAUAAAUGCCCUUAUGUUGAUGACUUUGCAAAUCAAAUCUGUUUUCCACAUUGAUUCAGCAUCAUCACAUAUAUUUUUUGGGUUGAAAUGAUGUAGAAACAACAUUGAUUCAACCAGUUUUUGCCCAGUGGGUAACAAUCUACCCUGUAGAUUUUUCAGUCUCUUAACAAUAUGCAGUGCAAGUGUCUCUUGAAGAGGUAGUAACGAUGGUACACUGUUGAAAUGGCAAGAUGCCCAAUACGUCUUUCACCACCAACACUAAGCCAAUGCCAUGUACAGGGAGUUCUGACAUUCUGAGGGACUAUUUAGAAUAUAGAUGUUCAUUGAAGAGCACACUCUUUAUCCUUCAGCUAAUAUAAUCUCCUAGCCGUUAUGUAAGCCAUGUUUAUUUACAGUGUUUAUUUCAUGAAAAUGUGUGUGUUUUAGAGAGCAAAGCAGGCUAUUGUUGUGUAUGACGCAUAUAACUGAGUGUUCAGUUGUAACGGUUUCAUUUGUGUAUCAUGUAACUUGGGCAGAGGUACAUGUCAACAUCAAAAUACACUGUGAAAUGGGAAGAGACAGAAAAUUAUAUAUUAAAAUGUUCUGCUUAAAAAAAAAACAAUGGCAAAAUCUUAAACAUAUUCUGCAAAAUCUUUGUAUCGCAAAGUAGCAUAGUUUUAAGUGUAGCUUCCCACCGUGUAUUUUCAGUUUUAUAUUGAAAUGUCUUAAUGAUUUAAUAUGUGAAUUUGUAAAUGAUAGUUAAAAUCUAUAAUGGUGUUUGCUGAAUUAAUUUUGAUGCUGUAUUAUGGGAAGAAAUAUAGACCAUUUAUGUGACCUUGUUGUUACAGUGAACUCCUAGACAAAGUGGGAGAAAAGCACAAAGUGAUUGUACAACAUUUUGUGAAUGUUUGUAUAUUAUAGAUGCAAUUUAGUAUAUUAAAAAGCACAACUCUACUUGAA